GCAUUAUCUAAGAGCACAGCUCCUUCCUGGCUUUUCUUUGUGGCGGAGGGAGGAUCUAGGAAUGCUGCCAGCUGGUGACAGAUGCAGUGCUUCACUGAACCUCUCCAGCAGCGAGAAACACAGGAAGACGAGUUACCGCAGUUAACAUGCCUCAGUAUUCUGACCUGGAGAGUGCCAUUGAUACACUGGUCAGCCAGUUCCACUCUGCUUCAGCCGACAAGUCUCCGACGCUGAAAAGUGAUGAAUUCAAAAGUCUUUUGUCCUCCCAGUUGCCCAAUCUGAUGAAGGGAGUCGGCACCGACCAGGGAUUUGGUGAUAUCCUGCGGAAGAUGGGUGUAGGUGAUGGCGAGGGCAUCUCUUUCAAGCACUUCUGGAAUUUAAUCCAGUCACUAGCCACCUCGCAGUUUGGCCUCCUUAGUGGUCAGAAGGGCUCGUCAUGCAGCUGUAUUCUCCUGUAAAGAGCAGCUUCUCAGCCCAACACGCAUUUGGAAAUUUAACUCAGCAGAGUAACACAUACACAUCACACUCGUAAAGAAUUGUCAAACAGAAUACAAGGGUACAAAAUCCAUUCUAAGCAUUCAUGACUAAACAUUACAGUUUUAACUAGUUUACCUUUGAAUUCAGAUUACUUUGUUUAAGUUCAAAGUAAAAUGUAAACUGAUUUUGAAUAAAAUACUCAAUUUGUCCUCCUUUGUAUUUUUUUUUCAUUUAUCAUGCUACACAUGUUACAAAAGCCUAAACCUUAUGUUAUUAGACACCAUAGUGUCACUGGUGUCUGAUUGUUCUUCUGUCUUUGUGUUGCUUCAAGAUGCUAAUCAUAUUUAGUUCUUUGGGUGUUUGGUCCAAAAAAUGUUCUACAAAUUUUAAAACUAUAAAUCUUACAAACACCUCUGCUUUGAAUAAAAACAUAUACAUGGAACUAAGUUGGUUGUUUGAAAAAGAAAGCUGUUAGCUAUCGUCAAAACCAGAGUGAAUAACUUCUGUCCCGUUCAUGUCGCUCCAGUUUGUCAUGUUUUUGAUUUGCAAAAGUGUUGGGUGCUUUAAAACUGGUCCAAAUCACUAUAUUAAUGGUCUGCUGGUGUGGUAUUUUAACUUGUAUUUCUUAAUAGGUCAGAGGUCAACAUUUUAAAAUGGUUAGAUCAAUGAAAUACAAAAAAGAAGGUAAAACACAAUUUACUAUUUUAGAAAAGGGAACAAAAAACAAGCUCCGCCUUCCCUUGCCUAAUAAUAAUCACGGCCAGGUGACGUUCCAGUUAUGUAGUCAACUUUAAGAGAGAAUUAACAUCAAGUCACUGGAAAUAUUCAUCACUUUCAGACCUCUGAAGUGUAGAAUUUAUUUCCUGGCUUGUAGAAAGUUGACUCGCGAGUAAAUUGUUUCUCAGUAACAAAACAUGUGAUUUUGUAUUAUUUCUAAUCAUAUAUUAGAAUUAUUAUAUUUGAAAUCUCAAAUUGUUCCUUUGUAAUAUUCCCUUAUUCUAGAAUGCUUUGCCUCUGAUUUCUGUGUAUUUAUAUUUUGUAAUUCUCUGUAGUCUGACCUUUGACACCAAAAGAAAAGUGAUUUAAUGAAGAUUUGAAUAAACAUGUAACGAGUUUCCCAAUAUCA